AUGAGCGCUGCAGCAUCUGCAGCAUCUGCAGCAGCUGCACCAGCUGCAGCAGCAGAAGGGGGGCCCACCUUGGGGGCCCCCCCUUUGCCUGUGAAGGCAGCAACAACCUUUCUAGGCGGGAUGAGCAGCAGCAGCAGCCGCCGUAUGCUGCGGCUAUUUAACUGCAAGCCCUCUCCCGCAGCUUCAAGCAGCAACAGCAGCAGCAGCAACAGCGGCAGCAGUUUGAUUGGCUGUGUAACUCAGCCUUAUGCAAUAUGCGGGGUGAAGCUAACGCCAGAAAGACUUGUGCUGCUGACGGAGAAGCAUAUAUCUGUGUACGUGCUGCAGUCUCUGUCGCUGCUGCGGACGCUGGAGAGACACCCGAAGCUGCCGCAGCAGCCACGGGGGCUGUUUGCUGCUGCUGGUACGGCAGCUGUUGCUGCUGUUGCUGCUGCUGCAGCAUCUGCUGCUGCUGCACGAGAACCCGAGGUGCUGCCACCUGACUCAUGGGAAGCAGAUGCUGCAGCAGCUAACGGACAGGCGCAUGCUGCUGCUGCUGCUGCUGAAGCAAAUGAUGCGGCUUCCGUCGUUCGUAUUUUUUCUGUUCCUUCUCUGGAGGCGCUGCUGGCUCUUCACUUGCAUUCACCGCAGCUGCUGCUGCAGGCAGCAAGACCCCUUUCGCUGCAAUCCACUGUCCGCACAACAGCAGCUACCAGCAGCAGCAGCAGCAGCAGCAGCAGCCGGCGUGCUGCAGCAGAUUGGGUAGCUACCGCUGCAGCCCCUUUGCCAACGAGAGGCAGAGAAAGUUGCGGCAGCUCAGUCAAACUCCAAGGCACGGAGUUGCCGCACUCUGCUGCUGCUGCUGCUGCCGCUGCUGCUGCUGCUGCAGCUGCUGCAGCGGAUACAGCACACGAGGCGGCAGCGGCAGCACCAGCCGCAGCAGCAAAAACGGUAGCAGCAAGCGCUGAAGCCAAGUCUCCGCAGCAGCAACAGCAACAGCAACAGCAGCAACAGCAGCAGCAACAGCAGCAGGGAAACAGCAAGAAGCAGAAGCAGAAGAAAACCGUUGGUAUGCGAGGGAGCAGUAAGAACACGAACGCAAACCCAGUAAUGCUCGAUGCAGAUGCUGCAGCAGAGGGACCCGCCUGUGUUGCUGCGGCUGCCCCUGCUGCUGAUUCUCCAACGUCUGCUGCUGCUGCUGCUGCUCGCCCUAUGUCCAGCGGUGCAGCAGGUAGCCAGCGGCAGCGCGGAGAGUCUGCUGGUAGCAGCACAGCCAGCAGGCCCCCCCCGAAGGGCAGGAUCUCCAAACAGAAACAGAGACAGCAGCAGCAGCAGCAGCAGCUACAGCAGCAGCAACAGCAGCAGCAGGAGCAGCAGCAGCAGCAACAGAAAAAGCAGAAGGAGGAGCAAGAGCAACACGACUCACCGCCCCCCGCCUUGCGUUCACAGGUUGCCGCCAAAGAACGGCACUCAGUCAGUAGCAGCAACAGUAAGACGAGCAGCAGCAGCAGCAGCAGCAAAGCGCGGCGCAGCAGCUGCGGCGGGACUUCCAGUAGCAGCGAGGAAGACGAGGAAGCGUUUGAGAGUGCUGGGAACUUCAGCAGCAGCAGCAACUGCAGCAGCAACAGAAGCCGAAACGGUAAUAGCAGCAACAAGACCAAGAACAACAACCGAAGUGGAAGUAGCAGCAGCAGCAAAUGCAAAGAUGGCAGCAGCGGCAGCAGCAGCAGCAGCAGUAACCUUCCAGUGGGCAGCGCUGGAGUAGGCUCCGCAUCCUCGAAGGCGUCGGAUGAUAAGGCAGCAGCAGCAUGCGCGACAGCUUCGGCUCCUGCAGCAGCAGCAUCAGGUCCUGCAGCAGCAGCAUCCGUCCCUGCAGCAACACCUUCUGCUGCUGCUGGGGACUACAAAAUGUCAGCACGGCAAAGGAAGAAGAGAGAGAAGAUGCUGCAGCAGCAGGCAGCUGCUGCGCGGCUCGCCGAGGCUGCAGCCCUGGAGCAAGAGCAGCAGCAGCAGCAGCAACAACAGCAGCAGCAUUCUGGCCUUCCUGCUGGGGUAGCUGGCCCGUCUGCGUCCGUUGAGAAAGGCAGCAAGCGCUCUACAGCAUCUGCAGGUGCAACGAGAGAGGCAGCAGCAGCAACAACAGCAUCAGCAGAUGCAGAUGCUGCGGCUGCGACAGUUGAGCGCGUUGCUGCUUCUCCCCAGCAGCAGCAACAACAGAAGCAACAGCACCGCAUGGAGCACCACGGAGACACCGGGGGCCCAGCAGCAAGUCAUGAUCGUUCCGCAGCAGCAGCAGCUUCCCCAGCAGCAGCAGCAGCAGCAGCUGCUGCUGCUGCUGCUGCAGUGGGCAGGCAUCCGACCACUGGAGUAGAGAAAGAAGUUGAAGAAGAAGAAUGGGUUUUCUGCGAGGCCUUUAGCAGCAGCAAAGGCACAGCUCAGCAGCAGCAGCAGCAGCAGGAAGGAGACAGUGGGAGACUCAGCAGCCGCAACAGCGCGGCGCUGUCAGCAGAAUGGGAUAACGUAGAGACACCUGGUGCUUUCACCCCUUCGGGUUGCUGCAGCCCUUUCAGCAGCAGCAGCAACCAUAACUGCAGCAACAAGAAGGAAGCAGAAGCCCCUGAUGAUGCACUCAGCCGCAAGGCAGCAGCAGCAGCAGCAGCAUCAGCAUUAGAGGAGGCCUCGGCGUCCCGCGAUGGCAGCUGGGUGGGGAAGCCGAACAUGCAGCUGCUUGCUGAUUCAUUUAAACUUCUUGUUGACGACGCUGACACAAACCAGCAGCAGCAGCAGCAGCAGAUGCUGCUGCCUCCAGCUUGGCUGGGCUUCUCUGAGGGCAGCAGCAGCGGGGCCGGCAGCCACCGAUCUGACGGCAGCACCGGGGGAGGCGCAGAAUGCGCUGAAACGCCGCAGCAGCAGCAACAGCAGCAGCUGUUGCAGCAGCAGCAGCAGCUGUUGCUGCAGCAGCAGCAGCGCGAGGAAGCAGCAAAGGCACCACAGCAGCGAGGGCUGAUUCAACUUACUGGGGAAGCUGCAUGCGGCACAGCUUUAAAAGAAGGAGACGCGCUGCGGCAGGUGUCGCUUACCUUCUCUGGCUGCAGCCGAAUCUUCACAGUCUCGAUGGAGGAGCUACACGGCUUAACUUCUGAGGCUGCUGCUGCUGCUGUUGCUGCUGCUGCUGGUGCUGCAGGAGGCGAUGGUCUCGUCUUCGUCUUCAGCCUACCCUGGACUCCAGAGGAACUGCAGAGACACUCCAAAUGCGGAGUGGCUGCGCAGCAGCAGCUGCUGCGGACGCUGAUUCAGGGAACAGCAGGAGCAGGCAGCAAUCAGGGCGGCGCUGCUGCUGCAGCUGCAGCGCCAUCAGACAGUGCUACGAUUGCUGCAGCAGCUGGAGCAGCAGCAGCACCCCACGGCGCGGCUCUUUCCCAGGCUGCCAAUGCUACUGGAAGCAGCAGCAGCAGCAGAACCAGCAGCAGCAGCAAACUUUCGAAUAUAACAGGAGUUGCCACUGCGACGAAUUUGAAGUACGUCAUCACAACAGCAAAUAGCAACAGCAGCAGCAACAGCAGCAACAGAAGCAAGAAGCAGCAGCGAUUCCAGCAGCAGCAGCAGCAGCAGCAGCAGCAGCAAACGCAGAUUAGCCUGCUGGGGUCUUUGUGGGCCUCAACAGCGGCUUCGCCUACACCUACAGCUGCCAGCUGCACCCAUCGAGCAGAUAUCGGUGAGUCCGCCGCAGCAGCAGCACAAGCUGCAGCAGCAGCAGCAGCAGCAGCUGUAGCAGCAUACUGCUAG